GUAUGAUUCUGGAUAACAUUUCGUGGAAAUUUAAUAGCUAUUGAUUCCGCGUCAGCUUGUUAAAAAGUUAACUGCUAAAAAAUGACGAAUAAGUCGGAAUCAAAGGCGUUUCUUGAACCUGGCACUUUCCACUUUGUAAAAUGGAAAAAUGACAUACGCAAAGCUGAAAUUCUCGAAAAAAGGAUCUGUGAGGAUAGUUCUAACGACUAUAUUUACUACGUGCACUAUGAAGGGUUUGACCGAAGACUUGACGAAUGGGUCACCCCUGAAAGAUUUGUUAAAGCCGUGGUUACUUCCUCGUCAGGAGCAACACCAGCAAAACGGGCUGGAGUUGACGAAGAAGCAACUGACGAGGGAGAAGCAUCUUAUCAAAGUCGAUUUCCCAAAAAGCGAAAACUUAAUGACGGUGGUUCUGUAAAAGGACCAAAAAGGGAAGAUGCUCUUGAAAAAGAGCACGAGAAGAAUACAAAGGUCCGAAACAUUGGUGCUGCCGUGUUUGGACAAUACGAAAUCGACACGUGGUACUAUUCACCUUUUCCUGACGAGUAUAAGUACCUCGAAAAAGUAUACUUUUGUGAGAGAUGCAUGAAGUAUAUGAAGAUGAAAGAGACAUGGGGGCGACACAUGUCUCUUUGCGAUCACAAAUGUCCUCCAGGAGGGUUAGUUUAUGAAAGUGGUCGAAAUAAGAUAUAUGAGAUCGACGGAAAACUGAAUAAGCUUUACUGUCAGAAUCUUUGCCUUUUGGCAAAAUUUUUUAUCGACCAUAAAACUAUCUACUAUGAUGUAGAAGGGUUUAUUUUUUAUAUACUGACCGAGAAUGACGAGAACGAGGAGCAUGUCGUAGGAUACUUCUCGAAGGAGAAAGUAUCGUACGAUAAUAAUAACUUGGCCUGCAUAUUGGUCUUUCCGCCUUACCAAAGACGAGGACAUUCGCAAUUGCUGAUUGAAUUCAGCUAUGAACUUUCUAAAAAAGAGGGUAAAAUUGGUUCCCCAGAGAAACCUAUUUCCGAUUUAGGAAUGAAAGGAUACCGCGCUUAUUGGAACAAAGCAAUACUUCGUCUUCUAAAGAAUUGCAAAGGAGCAGACAAACUACGGCUACAUCAGCAGUUACUAUUCAUCCAAUAAACAAUGUAGUGAACGGAGAUCAUCGACACGAGCCAUACCAUCAGGUUCAUAAUCAUAACUCGCACAAGAACCAACAACACAAAUUGCAUCAUGAUGAAGAAUACACUCAGAAACGUAACCAAAACCGUUUUGUAUGUAUAACGAGAAGAAUGGUCGAUGACUACAUUCGAAGCCAUGGUAUAAGGCUCGAGAAUAGGGUAUUCGACGUUCGUGGUCUCAAAUGGGUUCCCGAUGGAAGCCGUUAAGACGCAAGGGGCUAAAG